UUCAUUUCAUGACUGAUAAGAGUGAUAAGACAGUGUGGAUGAAAAAAAUAUCAAAUUUCAGAAUCAUUCUCCUACUUCUACCGAUACCGAAAUUCUUGUUUCAAAAAUUCAAAAUCUUGAAUUCCUGAAGCAAGUCUUCUUAAACUUGAAUAAUUCAGAUUAUGAUCAAGCUUCUAAUUAUUACUUAAUUCAUAAAAGUUUCCAUUGUAAUGAAAUGACCAAAACCAAAACUGUCGUGAAAGAAGUGUUAUGGAACCCAGUCACAGGAUGUCACUUUCCAAAUCAUUCAUCCAACCAGAGUUCACAUUUCAUACAACUGAAGUACAUCCCUCAAGUCGGACCGCAGUGUGGAUUUGCUGCGUUAUGCAUGAUAGCCUCCUACGCAGGCAUUGAUGUGAGCCCAGACGAUCUAGUUUCUAAAGCCAAAGAAGAGAAUAUCAGCAAUUAUGGUGAAAUGUUUUCAGCGUGCAAUAUGGCAAAUUUUGCUCAAAACCUAUUCAGUUCCCAUUUCGAAGUUACCUUAUUCACUAAUUCAAUUAAAGGACUCAGUUACCAGUUCAGAGAUUAUUUUGAUAAUGAUAAUUUGAUUUUGAUACCAUAUGAUUGUGAUUUUAACCACGAGCCUUGUCUCAAAAAUGGAGCAGCUGCUCACUGGGCGGUAUUAUGCGGAUAUGUUAACGGAAACGACGAAGAAAACUUUCAUGUGAUUGCGUGCCAUGGAAAAAGCCGAUAUGCGGCUAUUUGGAAAUAUACAGCUCUGCAGGAGAGUAAUGACAAUCUACGAGAAUUAGGAACGAAGCGGUUGAACGACGGAAAGAAUUAUAUUCUACCUGCAGGAGGCGUGAAGGAAGGAAUUGCGUCACAAUGGAUUUUAUUUAAGAGAAAAUAAAAUGAUUUUUUCAAUUUUU